AAUUUGUCGUCUGUGGUGCAAGUUAUUGUUUUGGUCUAUUAUUUUGAUUUUUGAAAAAAUAAAAGAUAAAUGAAUGUGGAUAAAAUAAAUUGUUUUGAAUUUUGCAUUAUUUUUUAUGAUUAAGAUUUUAUGAAUUUUUAAAAGUAAAAGCAAUAUAUGUUUAAGUAUAUUUUUUUUAUGAUUGCCAAGACCACCAUUUAAGUUUUAUUAUUUAAAAAAUAUAUUUUCAGUUACAAUUUUGGUGAAAAAUAGUGAUCCGUGGGUGAAAAGAGCUGCUCUGCAAGAAAAAUACACCCACGUUGUUUUGUAGAACAAUAAUAUUAUAAUAAAAUACUAUGAACAGUAUUUUACAUUGGAUAUUUAAAUAAAAUGUACUAUGUUACUGGAACUAAUUUGUAUGGGCAGUGGAUAAAGGAUGCAAAUAAUAAAAGCUUAUUUGAAAGUUUCCAACCACUUGAAAAGGAAAACGAAAAAGAUAUUGAUUUAACUCGGGCAAAACUAGUGACGUCGUGCUGGUCAUAUAACAUUUUUCAAAUCGACGAUACAUUUAUUUUAGUGGGAGCCUGGAAAGGUGUAGAUAAUCAAGUAAUCAAAGUGCCCAAUCAAAGCAAGACAUCAAAACAAUCAAAUUUUCUGAUAGCAGGCAAUGAUUAUAUGUUAAUAUUAGCAGAGAAAGUGACUAGAACUAUUUGGUUUUAUGACUUUAAAACUGAACAAUUCAAAAGGGUGAAUAUUACUGAGCAGCCCAUUUUGGAGAAUGAGGUCAAGAAAUUAAGGACAAGUGAUGACAUUAUAAAGGUUGUGGCUACAAACAAUGUUUACAUUUAUUUGACGUCAGAGGGGAAUGUUUACACAGGGUCAGUACCCAGCUACCUGGACACACGCCACUGUUUUGGCAAAGUAAUUGACGUUGAAUGUGGAUAUGAACAUUAUUUACUUCUCACUGACAAAGGCAGAGUUUAUACAUGGGGAAAUGGACGGAGAUUGCAACUUGGUCAUGGUGAUUUGAUAAAUUUGGAAACCCCAACUGAAGUUGAAGCAUUGGCAGGAAUCAAAAUAACUAAAAUAAGGGCUGGUGGCUGGCAUUCACUAGCCUUAAGUGAAUAUGGGGAUUUAUAUGUAUGGGGCUGGAAUGAUACAGGUCAGUUAGGUAUGAACAAGAACGGCCUAGACAAUGUAGAAACCAAAAAGAAUUAUGCUACACCCACACUUGUUGAUAUCUGUGAUGUUAAUGGAGAAGUUGAUAUACUGAUAAAGGAUAUAGCCUGUGGCACAAGACAUUCUGCUAUUUUGCUCCAGGAUGGCACAGUGUGGACUACUGGGUGGAAUAAGUACGGCCAACUGGGAUUUUCUCCCCAGCAAUAUGAAAAAUUGGAUUGCUUUACAAAGUCAUUUUACAGCCCAAAUAUUUCAAGUCUUAUAGGUGGAUCUUGGAAUACCGUAGUUGAAGUGUGUAUGUAAAUUGUAAUCUCAGAAUACUUACUCUUUACCUAUAUGAGAUUCUGUCAGUAAAGUAAACAUUUACAUUA